ACGGACCUCUUAUAAAUGAACGAUCUUCGGCCAAUUGGGACGCGUCGUUGCGCCGCGAGGCGGCGCGAGCGGCGGCGCCGCGCGGCUGCAGGCCGCGAGAGCAGCACGAACAUCCGUGCAGUCGAUGUUGUGAACCCCUAUUACGAUUCCGUGGCGCGCCGGCGCAACACAAACCUUCUGGUUAGAGUAUCCAUUUUGAUCACAUAUAUCCAUCAAACAACAAUGGCAGAUAUCGAGGAUACUCACUUUGAGACUGGAGAUUCAGGCGCCUCCGUGACAUACCCUAUGCAGUGCUCGGCACUGCGCAAAAAUGGCUUCGUCAUGUUGAAAUCUCGCCCGUGCAAGAUUGUAGAAAUGUCGACUUCUAAGACUGGCAAACAUGGUCAUGCCAAGGUUCACUUAGUAGGUAUCGACAUAUUCACCUCCAAGAAAUAUGAGGAUAUCUGCCCCUCCACACAUAACAUGGAUGUGCCGUUUGUUAAGCGGGAAGAUUACCAGCUUACAGAUAUAUCUGACGACGGCUAUCUCUGUCUGAUGGCUGAUAACGGAGAACUGCGCGAAGAUCUCAAGAUACCUGAUGGUGAUUUGGGAACACAGCUACGUGCUGAUUUCGAUUCUGGAAAAGAGUUACUUUGCACUGUACUCAAGGCAUGCGGUGAGGAGGUAGUAAUUGCCGUCAAAAAUAACACCUCCCUCGACAAAUAAUUGUGUUCAGCCGGACGACUACGACGACAGAAGCCCAACACACAUUCGAGCAAAAACCACCCGCUUAGCCAAUCAAUCAACACCUUUACUAUUGGUCAAACAGGAUAAACAACAUUAAUAUAACCAAAAAAAAUCUAGAGGAAGAUGAUGAAGAGAGUGGAAGCACGAAAGAGAGAGAGAGAGAAAAGAGUGUCUGAGAGAGUGAGAAAGAGAAUAGAAAUUGAGGGGGAGAAAGGGGAGAAAGCAAAACGGGCUAGCAGUUCCACGUAACAACAGCAACGCGCCAAUGCGAGAAACGACUUUUAUCGAAAUGAUAUCCGCUUUACUUAAUUAUUUUAUUCAACAAUAUUCAACUAAAAUCCGAAAAAGCAAAAACUAGGUAUACGUACAAUUAUGUACACUUGGACACGUAUACAUACAGAUAAACAGGCAGAUACAGAUACAUAUAUACCUAGAUACACGUAUACCUAGUCAGUUACACACACAUACACACGCGUUGUUUGUUAUAUAAGAAAGUGGUGACAACUUCAACAGAAAGUUGAUUGGAAAAUAAAAACUGAGAAAGCCUUGAGAUACAUCCUGGACUUUUUUUUUUUAAAGAAUAGAGAGAAGAAAUUAUUUACAACAGCUUUGUAACUUAUUACACUUAUGUGUGUGAGUGAGAGAGAGAGAAAGAGAAAGAGAGUACAUGAGAGAAUAUGCGAGAGAAAGAGAAAAUUGUUGGAGACCAAUAUGAAGAGGUCGUGGGAAAAGGACCCUGAAGUCCUUGAGCGCGCGCGCGCGGAACAAUUUUUCAUGGGAUGCUAGCGAUGCCCGACACAAAGCAGCUCACUUCAAGCAUCUUUCCUGUAAUGAUCGAUAAGACUGGAGUUUCGCUAUAUGGGAUUUCUACACAAUGCUAAAAGUUUCCUUCUUUUUUUAUAGAAAGAGCUCGAGUUCUCGAGAUUUUUAGGUCUAAUAUAACUUUAAUUUAAUAAACGUCGAAGUUUAUUCGAUAUGAAAGAGUAUAUAUCCAUGAAUUUGUCGGGAAGAUUAAUGAUAUCGUAAAGUGCGUGAUAUCCAUGUACCUGAAAAAUUCAUGGAUUCCGAAUAUAAGAUUUUAAAUUCAUGGAUUUGAAAUCUAUGAAUUUGGAUCUUUAAAUUUUUAAGUAUGCAAUCAAUUUUUCAAAGAUCUCAAAAUCGUAGGAAUUUUGAGAUAAGAGGAAUAAGUUUGUAUGAGACAUGAAAUACGUGUAAGAACUUUAGAAAUACGUGUAAGAACACGAUAAAGUCAUGAUACAGAAGAGUCGAGAUAAACGAUUUAGACCUUUAAAUCCAGGAACAUCGAGAUCUUGAGAAUCACACAAACUAACACUUUGCGCGUUUUGAAACAGCUGGUGCGACGCGAUAUAACAUCGCGUCAAGUUCGGAGACUGUAAUUGGCUUACGAAUGCUCAGAUUUUAUUACAUUUUAUUGUAAUAUCUCGUUUUAAUAAACAUUUUUCAGAACAGGUUACACAAACCGCCUUCAAUCAAUAAGAUAACUUUUAAUUAGACUGUGUAACAUUAGAGACAGAGAUUAUAAUUAGAUACAGUGAGAGGAGAGCCGCGAGUGGAAGAUUCUUGUGUGAACUUGCAAAGUGUGCGUGAAGAACUUUUUUCCUUACCAUCCUUUCCAUCUCAUGACAUCGUUUGUAUAAAAGAAAAAAAAAUUGUUCCGAAAGUGCAGUCUGAAUGAUUAGGAAUAAUUAUAAGCAGAUAAUUAACUACGAGAGUGUAAUCACAGUUAUCAUUGGAAGGUAUACGUUUUUCUCCCUCAUGGAACUCUGUGACUUUGAAUUUGCUCGAUUUGGUGUCCUCGCGAUAACUCGCAUCCUGUUUUUCUGUAAAAGAAUUAUCUUAUCUCCAAUACAAAACACAGCGUUCUAGAGAUUUUAAGUUUUUAUUUAUUUUUUUCUACGUUGAAACAUUCAGAUUGCUUAUGACUCGCUGCGAGAACUUUGACAUCAUCCGAACCUCGUUAGGAUCGUCGUUUUAAAUAUGCUCCUAGCGAUUAAAUGUCCUUCAACACUUAACAAAGUUCCUUUACGUAACAAAUAAAUACGAAGACCCCAAAUCGCCAAAUAUAUGUAUAUGUAAAUUCC